GCUGCCCUUAACAUUAACCGCUGAAGGUGGGUUUCAAUGAAACAAGAAAAAAGAAAAGCCUUCUUUCCUUUUUUAAGAAAAAGGGUCUUAAAGCUUUACAAAAAAUAAAAGCUGAUUGCAGAAAGCAAUAGCAAGCUUUUCUUCUUCUGCUUCUUCUUCAUGUUUCUUCUCUCUUCAUUUUUGUAUUAUCAGUAAAGCUGAAUUCCCUCUCCGCCACCUGUUUCUAAUAGAUUGAUUGAUUUGUUGUCACUUCCAACCCCAACGUCUACUCUAAACAAAGGCGGUCAGCAGCACCCAAAUCCAAUAGCAAACAUGUUGGAUAACUCUACUGUUUCCCUUCUUCCAUCUUCCCCCUCUGAUCCUCUCUCUUCUUUCCAAAAUGGGGUCUCCCACAAACGAAAAAGAAAGCCAGCAGGCACCCCUGAUCCGGAUGCAGAGGUGGUUUCUUUAUCUCCAAAAACGUUGUUGGAAUCAGACAGGUAUGUGUGUGAGAUCUGCAACCAAGGGUUUCAAAGAGACCAGAACCUUCAAAUGCAUAGGAGGAGGCACAAGGUUCCCUGGAAGUUGCUGAAAAGAGAAACGCAAGAGGUGAAAAAGAGGGUAUUCGUUUGCCCUGAGCCAAGUUGCUUGCACCAUCACCCUUCCCAUGCCUUGGGAGAUCUGGUUGGCAUUAAGAAGCAUUUCAGGCGGAAGCACAGCAAUCAGAGAAAAUGGGUUUGCGACAAGUGCUCCAAAGGAUAUGCAGUCCAGUCUGAUUACAAGGCUCAUCUCAAGAUUUGUGGCACCCGUGGUCAUUCUUGUGACUGUGGUCGUGUUUUUUCCAGGGUGGAGAGCUUCAUUGAGCACCAAGAUGCUUGCAGUGUUAGAGGAGUCCAACCUGAAUUGCAGGCGGUGCACCCUGGUUGCUCCUCUCGAUCGGCUUCAAGCACUAGUCCAUCAAGCGAUGCCAAUGUUGGCAUAUUUCCCGUGCCUAGAAUUGGAUUGUCAAUUACGAAAUCAACUGAUCCGACUGUUUUCUCGUACAGUAACGCAUCUACUUCUGACCACCACCCCCAGCCGCAACACAACCUUGAACUUCAGCUUUUGCCAUCAUCAACCACUCACUCAGAUGAGGAUUGCGCAACUCAUUUGAAGCUUUCCAUAGGAUCAAGUGACGGCGGUGAAAAGAAUGAGCCUAGCAAGUUUAGUUUGGAUACAUUUAGGGAAAAAAAUGCCAGUGAAACAGUAUUGGAAGCUACUAGGUUGAAAGAGCUGGCAAGUGAGCAGCUAAAAUUGGCCAUGGCCGAGAAUACCUACGCUGAAAAGGCUAGACUAGAAGCGAAGAAGCAGAUAGAGAUGGCUGAGCUUGAGUUUGCAAGUGCUAAAAGGAUAAGGCAACAGGCCCAAGGUGAACUGGAGAAGGCUCAAGUGUUGAAAGAUCAAGCAACUAAGAAGAUAAGUGCUACUAUCAUUCAAAUUACUUGUCAAGCUUGUAAGCACCAAUUCCAUACAUCAACUGCUGCGGUUCCAGCUGAUGAGACCUCACUUGCUAUGAGUUACAUGUCUUCAGCCACAACUGAAGGAGAAGGAGAGUGACGGUAAGUUGAGAUCAUACAACGAUAAUGAUCCAUUCUUAGCCUCCAAAGUCUCUUUGUUUUGAUGUACAUGUUAAUUUUUCUUUGCAAUGCCUUGUAGUUCACUUAUUCUGACAAAUUUCGUGACUUUGAAAAAGGAAAAAAAGAAAGGGGGUCAUCUCAAGCAUUUCCUGUACUGAUUUAAUACAUCUUCAUUUGUUUGUUUAAUAGAAAAGUAGAAGAUGUAGUUUAAUGUAAUGUAAUGCGGUGAAGUGCAACAAUAUCUGUAUGAGAUUCUGAUAUGAAAAAGAAAAUGAUUACGCGUUGGGAUUCUCCCCA